AAAAAUAAAUAAACAAUAUUAAAAUGUCAGUAGAACAAAAGUUUUAAAUAUUAGAAAAAUUAGGUGAAGGAGCAUAUAGUAUAGUAUACAAAGUAAAAAGAAAAAAAGAUAAACAAAUAUACGCAUUAAAGAAAGUAAACCUAGAAAAACUUUCAGAAAAAGAAAUAGAAAAUGCAUUAAAUGAAGUAAGAAUAUUAGCAUCUUUAAAAUCAACCAAUAUAAUAAGUUAUAAAGAAGCAUUUAUAGAUUAAAAAGAUAAUAAUUUAUGUAUAAUAAUGGAAUAUUGCGAUGAUGGUGAUUUACUUUAAAAAAUAAUGGAAAAUUAAAAAAACGGUUCAUUUUUUCAAGAAGAAGAUAUAUGGAAUAUAUUCAUACAAGUAGUAAAAGCACUCGAAAUUUUACAUUAAUUAAAAAUCCUUCACAGAGACAUGAAAAGUGCAAAUAUUUUCUUAAACAAAGACAAAACAAUAAAAUUAGGUGAUUUAAAUGUUGCUAAAAUAAAAAAAAAGGGUUUUCUACAUACUCAAACUGGAACUCCAUAUUAUGCAAGUCCUGAAGUAUGGAAAGAUGAACCUUAUGAUGAAAAAUCCGAUAUAUGGUCUUUAGGUUGUGUUUUAUAUGAAAUGGCGAGUUCUCAUCCUCCUUUUAGGGCUUAGGAUUUAAAUGGACUUUUUAAAAAAGUUACAUCUGGUGUUUAUGGAAAAAUUCCAUCUUUUUAUUCAAAUGACCUUUAAUUUAUUUUAAAAUAGCUUUUAUAAGUAUUAAAGGAAAAUUUAGUCCCUUAAGAAUCUUUUUGGUUACCAAAAAUUCAAAAUUUAAGAUUUUCCAGUUUAGAUGUUGUUUAAGGAAAUAAUAAAAAUAAUGAGGAAGAUAUUAUUUAGAAAAAAAAAGUGCAUUAACAUAGUAUGAGUGUAGGAAAAAAAUUAAAAGUUCUAUAAACCCCACAAAAAUAAAAUAUUAAUACUUAUCCUUAAAAAUCAAAGCAUAUUGUUAAUUUAAACUUAAUGGCCAAUAUAUAAGAAAGUUAUUAAAAAAAAUAUAGAAAGACUUUCGAAUGA